AUGGCGUUUGUAAAGCAGCCCGUUCGCUUAGUCCAGGCUAUGUACGAGUGUACCGUGCAGUGUCAAGCCGAGCAGCUCGGCAAGUUGUACAACGUGAUCUCAAAGCGCCGCGGCGACAUCUACUCGGAAGAGCUGUCUGAUGGUACAGCACUUUUUACAGUGAAAGCUCACUUGCCAGUUGUAGAAAGUUUUGGAUUUGCCACAGAUCUAUUGACUCAAACAUCUGGCGCGGCGAGCAACCCUCAACUCGUUUUUUCGCAUUGGAGCAUCAUCGAUAUGGAUCCCUUUUUUCAGCCCCAAACCGAAGAAGAGCGCGAAGAUUAUGGAGAGUGGGUGUACGAGCGCAAUUAUGUCAGGAGAUACAUCGAAGUAGUGCGCAAGCGGAAGGGUCUGUCUCGUGACGAGAAGAUUGUCGUUCAUGCUGAAAAACAGCGCACGCUAAAGAGAUAA